CAGUCUGAAUCUAUACAAGUUUGGUUUUAAAGAAAUGUUUAUUCAUGACUAUAUAUAUAUCAUUUAUGACAUUUGAUUCAAAGCUGGAAAAGAACUUUUAUAUACCGCACAUAAAGGAAUAGUAAUAGUUUAAUAAAUUUAUGAAACUAAUAUAUGAAUUUACUAUUUGAAUAUAGGGAAAAAGGAAUAAAAUAUUGGAGCUAUGGCUGACAAUGAAUACCUCCUUGUAGCAGCAAUAGACUUCGGCACAACAUAUUCAGGCUACGCUUUCCAACUUACUAGCGAAUAUGAUCCGGAAGAUCCAACAAAGAAAAUUCUUUCUCCUCAAGCUUGGAACAAGGGUCCUGCUAAGCUUACGUCAAUGAAGACAUCGACAUGCUUGCUUUUAGACAACAAUCAAAAUAUCGAUUCAUUUGGAUUUGUGGCGGAGGAAAAAUAUGCUGAUCUAUGUAUGGACGGAGACAACAAGAACUGGUACUUUUUCAGGAGGUUUAAAAUGCAACUGCAUGACACAAAAGAACUAAAUGAGACAACAACAAUCGAAGAUGAAACUAAAAGAAAACUUCCUGCACUCACUGUGUUCAGCAAAUCCAUAGAAAGUCUUACAAAGCACUUAUUUGGUCUGUUAGAGGAGAAGAAAAUCCAAGUGAUGUCGCAUGAGAUAAAGUGGGUGUUAACAGUGCCAGCAAUAUGGGAUGAUGUUGCAAAAGGAUUCAUGAGAAAAGCAGCAGAAUUGGCUGGAAUCCCAUCUGAUCACUUGACAAUUGCACUGGAACCCGAGUCAGCAUCAUUGUUCUGUCAAUAUCUCCCUGUUGAAAAGUUCAGUGUUGGUGGACAAGUCAAGUUUUCGGAUGCUAAAGUUGGAACUACAUACAUGAUUGUUGACCUCGGAGGUGGGACAGCAGAUAUUACAGUACAUGAGAAAGUAACAAAUGGAAAAUUGAAAGAGGUUCAUCGUGCAAGCGGUGGUCCUUGGGGCGGUACUUCAAUCGAUGGCGCUUUUAUCAAGCUAAUAAGUGAUAUAGUUGGAGGUCCUGUAAUGGCGACAUUUAUGAGGGAACAAACGUUUGAUUACUUAGACUUGAUGAGGGAAUUUGAGUCAGUAAAACGCAAUAUUAGUCUGACAACGACUGAUACUGUCAAGAUUAAAAUCCCUGUCAGCCUAAGUGAAACAUGCUCCAAUGUUGUUAAGAAAGAUUUCAAAGCGUUGGUCAAAAUUGCAAGGAAAGAGAAGCAAAUUAUGUUUGUCGGUGAUAAAGCCAAAUUUGAUCCCGAGCUGAUGAGAACAUUGUUCAGGAAAGCCACUGAUAUGAUUGUCCGCCACAUGAAAAACAUCCUGGACAAUACACCAGCAGGGAAGAAAGUUUCUCUGAUCCUGAUGGUCGGUGGUUUUUCAGAGUCAAAUUUUGUGCAAGAUGUGAUCAAAAAGGAAUUCCACGAAAAGAGCGGGCGAAAGGUUCUCAUUCCAAAGGAUGCAGGAAUAUCUGUAGUACAAGGCGCUGUCGUAUACGGAAGGCAACCGGAGAAUAUAACAUCACGAGUCCUAAGAUUUACUUAUGGGGCUGAACUAAACGAAAGCUUUCAGGAACAUGUGCACGAACCUGGGCGGAAGAUUACUAUUGCAGGUUGCGAUUAUUGCCAAGGCUAUUUUGGAAAAUUUAUAGAUGUUGGAACUGAAGUUGCUGUAGGCCACAAAGUAAGCAAAGAGUACAGAACAACCGGUCCAUUUGAUGCUCAUUGUGACAUAACAGUGUAUGUGACGCCAUACCUGAAACCUAUGUACACAGACGAUGUAGGCUGUAGGAAGCUUGGCUCAUUACGUUUGGAAAUACCAGAUCCAUCCAAAGAGUUGCGAGACAUUGCAGUCGACUAUGUCUUUGGUGACACAGAGCUUCACAUUAAGGUGACUGAUAAAAAGACAAUGAAGCCUUGUGAGGCCAAACUGAAAAUGUUUGAGUAAAAUAAUUCAAACUUAAUAUAACAAUUGACAUCAAAAGAGUGUUAUAAUAGCAAGAUAUAAGACAUUAAAUUACUCUGGGUCUCUUAAAACAUGACAUCCAUUUAUGUUUCUGUGUACACUGAAAUUUACAUAAAAUGACCCGUUUUAUUAUUUUGUGA